AGCCCGCCGUGUCGUGCCUACUCUCUCCUUCCCCCAAAAUAAAAGAAGCGAUUUUGAACGGCUCCGCUAGCUAAAGCAGGGCAAGGCGGCCGGAAGGCAGGAAAUCCGUACGCACGCCGAGGUCGAGGUCGAGGUCUCAGCAGGGAGGAUGGAAACGGAGCAGCAGGGCGUGGUUGCGGGGGUGAAGCCGACGCUGGCCAAGGGGACGCCGUCGGCGUCGUUCCGGCUCCGCAACGGGAGCCUAAACGCGGUGCGCCUCCGCCGCGUGUUCGACCUGUUCGACCGCAACGGGGACGGCGAGAUCACGGUGGACGAGCUGGCGCAGGCGCUGGACGCGCUGGGCCUCGACGCGGACCGCGGCGGGCUGGCCGCCACCGUUGGCACCUACGUGCCCGACGGCGCCGCGGGCCUCCGCUUUGAGGACUUCGACCGGCUGCACCGCGCGCUCGGGGACGCCUUCUUCGGAGCGCUGGCGGGCCAGGACGACGCGGCCGCGGACGGCGCCGGCGCCGGGGAGGACGACGACGAGCAGGAGAUGCGGGAGGCGUUCAGGGUCUUCGACGUCGACGGCGACGGCUUCAUCUCUGCCGCCGAGCUGCAGGAGGUGCUCAAGAAGCUCGGCCUCCCCGAGGCCAGCAGCAUGGCCAACGUCCGGGAGAUGAUCUGCAACGUCGACCGCGACAGCGACGGCCGCGUCGACUUCGCCGAGUUCAAGUGCAUGAUGCAGGGGAUCACCGUCUGGGGCGCCUGAUCGAUCUCAUCGUCGUGGGAUCGGACGAGUGUGUGUGUGUCAAGCAAAUUGAACCCACAAAGCUCCGCAGGACCCGUAUUUCCUUCCUCGAGACAGCGAUGCGACCUUCAUUCUUGUCUUGUCUUGUGGUGGCACCGGUGUGUCUCUACUUGUGUGUGCUCUUCUUUUAAAUUCAUUAAUUAAUCUUGUCGUCUUUCGCUGGUCAAGCAGAGGCGAUGAGAAUGGUUCAUGCA